AUGUCCUCCUCCUCUUCCUCCUCCCAACCCACCCUCCACGACCUCCAAUCCGAAACAAAACUCAAACAAGUCCUCGCAGACCAACAAAAAGACUACGACUGUCUUCGCUGCCGGCUCAUGGGCUCCAUCGCAUUCACCGGUCUCGGAAUCUACUCCUACGCCUCCGGGAUGAAGCAACUACGCGAACGGGAACUGGAAAUUCUGAAGAGCGGGUCGAGGUUCGGGUUGGGCGCGAGGAGGGGCGGGAUUGUGGGGAUGAGUGCGGUGUUGGUGGGGUUGGGGGUUUAUCGGUUGGUGAAUUGA